GAAAACGAGGCGGCUGCAAUCCGGGCAACAGGAGGGAAGGAGCCUCGACCACGCGGGCAGCAGCAGCCAGGGGCCCGCUCCCUCCCCUCCGCUCCGGGCAGGCGGCGCUGCUUCUUCCAUGCGGGCCAUGGGGGCUUCCUUGCGCCAUCGAGGGGAGGGAGAAGGCCGGGCUGCUCGGGCAGGAGAAUGGCCGCCGGGCUGCUGCUGCCGCUGCUGCUGCUUUCCCUCCUGCACAGAGGAGGAGGCACAGAGCUGAAUCAGAUGACCUACAGCGACGCUGAAGAUGAAAGUCUUUAUGAAGAGGAGAAUCAAGCAAACGAUUGUGGGAAUGGCUAUUAUGACCAGAUAGCCUUGGUCUGCUGGCCCAAGUUUCAUGCUACCAUCAUGGCUACAGCAGAGGAUAGCCGGUGCCUCUGGGAAACAAUUGGCAGCACGUACAGCGAGCUUACCAUUUGUGCCGGGCUGCUGGCUGAAAGCAUGGGCUGCCCCUGGUCUGGCUCCAACAGGGAUGCCUUCUUCAUGAGUAUCCACACGGAGUACUUUGCCAGCUGCAUGCUGCCCCUUGAUGCCACAGACCACCAGCUGCCUACAGGAACUAUCGUAGCCUUGGCUGCCCUGCCUGCCUGUCUGGUGCCCCUUUCUGUCACCCUCACCCUUCGAAGGACAUGAAGGCCUGGUUCUGCCCCACUGACUUGCAGCGAACAAGAACUCCUGGGACCGGCUGCUGCUUUCAUUUAGAAUAGCAUGGGAACAACUGAGGGAGGGGGCUGAUAACCAAGACUGUAUGAGGGGACUGGUGCACUGGGAUCCUUUCUUGUGGUACCUCGUACUACUGCUGUGUGGUCAUUUGUACUCAGUAAAAUGGUAUGUAGCAUCUCACUACCCCCUUCUCCACCACAAAUAAAACCAGUAAGCAUCCAAA